GCAGUCAAAGCCACUGUCCUUAUAGGGAUAGUCUUCCAAAGAACAUAUUCACACAGAUAAUUACAAAGAGGAAUGAACAAGGAGAACUAAUAUUUCAGUUACACUCCAGAACGCCUAGAGACUUUACAUUGGUAACAGUCUAAAUGUGGUCGCUACUGAAAACAAUUUGCUUUGUUCAUGUAAUUGGAAACAUAUUUUGUUUGUUGAAAUCCAAACCAAAGAAUCCUGAAGCCAAUAUGAAUACUGGUGAGAUUAUUUCCUACUGGGGCUAUAAAUGUGAAGUGUAUGAGGUUGUGACUGGCGAUGGUUACAUUCUUUCACUUUACCGGAUUCCAUGCGGGAAGAAUGAGACCAUGGAUUCGUGUAACACCCCAAAGACAGCAGUAUAUUUGCAGCAUGGGUUGACUCUGUCUGCUUCUGCUUGGAUUCUCAACCCUCCCAAUAGCAGCCUGGGCUUCCUUCUGGCAGAUGCUCAUUUUGAUGUGUGGAUGGGGAACAGCAGAGGCAAUAAUUAUGCCAGGAAACACAUGUCCCUAGACCCAAAUUCUAAAGCAUUCUGGGAUUUUAGUUUUGAUGAACAAAUAAAAUUCGACAUUCCAGCCAUUAUUGAUUUCAUUGUGAACAAGACGGGACAGACACAAAUCUACUAUGUUGGUCAUUCCCAGGGCACAUUUCUUGCUUAUGGGGCAUUUGCAACAAACCCACAGCUGGCCCAAAAAAUCAAAGCCAACCUUGCCCUGGGCCCUGUUGUGACUACCAAGUAUCUGUCAGGUGCCUUUCGAACAGUUGCAUACAUUCACCCAACAGUGAUCAAGAAAUUGAUUGGAGAAAAGGAUAUAAUGACCGGGAAAGAUGAUAAUCAUAUCCUUCAGUUAAUUUGCCAUCAGCAGACAAUCGUAACUGUUUGUAAUAAUUUACUUACAGUGCUAUUUGGAUAUAACCCCAAGAAUUUAAAUGAGAGCCGUACUGAUGUUUAUGCUGGACACAUUCCGGAAGGAACUUCAGUUAGGAGUAUACUUCAUUUUUCUCAGGGAAUCAGAACGGGAUUAGUCCAAGCUUAUAACUGGGGCAGCGAAGCUCUAAACAUGCAGCAUUACAAUCAGUCUACUCCUCCAAUAUACAAGUUGGAGAACAUGAAGGUUCAAACUGUCAUAUGGAGUGGUGGAAAGGAUAUUCUGGCAAAUCACAUAGAUGUUAAAAACUUGGUAGCUAAAACCUACAAUCUAGUUUAUCACAAGAAGAUUGAUGACUAUAAUCAUGUGGAUUUCAUAAUUGGUAAAGAUGUUACUGUAAAAGUUUAUAAAAAUUUAAUUGAAUUUAUCAGAAAAGAUCAAUCAAAAUGAAGUUUACAGCAUUUUUCUGCUUAUUUUGAAGAGUACUAUGCUUUUUCCUUAAUGAAAAGCAUUUCUUGAUUUCCUCUUUUUUUUAAUGAUCUUUGAUGUAGUCCAACUCUCCUACCUUGCUCUGUAGACCAGGUUGGCUUCUAACUCAGAGAGUCUCCUGCCUCUACCUCCUGAGUGCUGGGAUUAAAAUGCAUAUGCCACCACAGACAGGCAUAAUCUUUGAUUUUUAAUCCUUGUAUAAUUUAUAUAAAUUGUUUACAUAUAUAAGGAAAGCAUGAAAUCUAAUAAAAUGUUCAAUUCAUCUUGGAAA